AUGAAGCUCCUGAUCCUGGUCUCCACGCUGGUGGCCGCCGCCAAGGCCGGAUCGCUAGGAUACAGCCUCCCCACGCCCUCUGGACCAGCAUUUGGAGCCGACUCGUUAAUCGGUUCAGGGUUUGGAGGUGGCGUUGGGCACGGGGGUGGCGUAGGGGUUGGAGGUGGCAUCGGGAUUGGAGGUGGCGGUAGCUACGGUGGAGGUUGUGGAGGAGGACAGAUCCUCCAUGUUGACGGCAGCUGUGUGACUCCUCUGGUCACUCGCAAUCUGUACGUGUACAAAGCUCCUCCAGUGUCCCCAAUCAUCGGGCCGAAGCCAUACGUUCCUCCACCAAAGGUUGAACAUAACGUUAUAUUCAUCCAUUCCCCAGAAGUUGGCUUUGGUCAGGAACCCAUCGUCGUGCCUCCACCUGUUCAGAAGAACGUCGUGUACGUCCUCAACAAGCGACCAGAACUGGACCAGAAGGUCGUCCACGUCCCAGCACCAGAACAACAGACUCCACAAGUGUAUUUCGUCAACUACGCCGACGGCGACAACCCUACGCUGCCCACCGGUGGAGACCUCCAGUCUGCCCUCAGCUCUGCUGCUCACGGCGGUGGCCAGGUUGUCGGCGGUGGCGGUUUUGGUGGUGGAUUCGGUGGUGGACUCGGCGGCGGUUUCGGUGGUAGUGGUGGCGGCUUUGUUGGUGGCUAUGGAGGUGGCAGCAGCUUCGUGGGUGACGGAGGCUUCGGUAGUGGAGGUAUCAAAGGAGGAGGAGGAGGUUUGUCGGUGAGCGCUCCAUCAAGCCUGUACGGCGCGCCCUAGUCGCCAGUCAAUACACCAGUUAUGUUUUUAUAUACAUUUAUAAGAUAUUAGUCAAAUGGAUUACCUGUAUCGUUUGUUUUUAAAAAAUGAAAUCUG